AUGUGAGCCGUGAUGUGUUCUGACAAAUCCCCCCGGCUGCCUUGUUCGUUCGUGCUGCUUGGUUGGUCCAGGUACCGUUUUAAAGUCCUUCCCUACUGAAAGUCUCUAGACUCUGCACAGAUGAUGAAGCAUGCCUGGGAUAAUUAUAAGCGUUACGCGUGGGGAUUAAAUGAACUGAAACCCAUAUCUAAGCAAGGACAUUCAAGCAAUUUAUUUGGUAACAUUCAAGGAGCAACAAUAGUGGAUGCCCUUGAUACGCUAUACAUCAUGGAAAUGAAAGAGGAAUUCAAGGAAGCCAAGGAGUGGGUUGAAAAAAACUUAGAUUUCAAUGUGAAUGCUGAAAUUUCAGUAUUUGAAGUGAACAUCCGUUUUGUCGGUGGAUUACUUUCAGCUUACUAUCUUUCAGGAGAAGAGAUUUUCCGAAAAAAGGCAGUGGAACUUGGAGAGAAAUUGCUACCUGCUUUCAACACUCCCACUGGGAUACCUUGGGCAUUGCUUAAUAUUAAGAGUGGAAUUGGUCGAAAUUGGCCAUGGGCCUCUGGCGGCAGCAGCAUUUUGGCAGAAUUUGGGACUUUGCAUCUGGAGUUCGUACACUUGAGCCACCUGUCUGGAAACCCUGUCUUUGCUGAAAAGGUAAUGAAUAUUCGAAAAGUUCUGAAUCGACUAGAUAAACCAGAGGGCCUUUACCCCAACUAUCUGAAUCCCAGCAGUGGCCAGUGGGGCCAGCAUCACGUCUCCAUUGGAGGGCUUGGAGAUAGCUUUUAUGAAUAUUUGCUCAAGGCAUGGCUGAUGUCGGACAAGUCAGAUGAAGAAGGCAAGAAAAUGUAUUAUGAUGCUGUUCAGGCCAUAGAGACCCACCUCAUUCGGAAAUCAAGCGGGGGGCUGACAUACAUCGCUGAGUGGAAGGGUGGACUGCUUGAGCACAAGAUGGGGCAUCUCACUUGUUUUGCCGGAGGCAUGUUUGCUCUUGGAGCAGACGGAGCACCUAACGACAAGACGGGCCAUCACAUCGAGCUUGGUGCUGAAAUUGCUAGGACUUGCCAUGAAUCCUAUGACCGUACAAGCAUGAAACUGGGACCAGAAGCCUUCAGAUUUGAUGGUGGUGUUGAAGCCAUUGCUACAAGACAAAAUGAAAAAUACUACAUCCUACGACCAGAAGUCAUAGAGACCUACAUGUACAUGUGGCGGCUCACUCAUGACCCAAAGUACAGGCAGUGGGGAUGGGAAGCUGUAGAGGCACUGGAAAAACAUUGCCGAGUAGAUGGUGGCUAUUCUGGCAUUAGAGAUGUUUAUAACAAUCAUGAAAGCCAUGACGAUGUGCAGCAAAGUUUCUUCCUUUCAGAGACACUCAAGUACUUGUAUUUGCUGUUUUCUGAAGAUGAUCUUCUUCCAUUUGAACACUGGGUCUUCAACACAGAGGCUCAUCCUCUCCCUGUUCUUCACAAAGACGAUGGGAAUAAAGAAGAAAACCAGAAAUAGAUGAAGAUUAACUUAUACUUUGUUUCAUUCCUUCUGUUUCUUUCCAGGACUUGGCACAUGAUUUGGUUUUAAAUUCCUGAGUUAAAUUUUUAAAUCAAGUGUUUUGCAGUCUGUUUUCUUUAACAGUAAAUAUUUAUGAAUGGACCCCAACUGAUUAUGAUAAAACUUCAUUCCUCUUAUCCAGCUGAACCACUUUGAAGACGAGAAAUAGGACAUCUCACCAAAUCUUGUUAGGCUGCAGUGUCAUCUUGGCCAAAAAGAGCAGAGGGUCUGCGUGUUACUUGUUUCCUGUUAUGCUUUUAAUUUGACUGCAAAAUUCUUUUCUCCUCUGUGAGGAGAUGUCUGCUUUAAGCUGUAAUAUUUUGCCAUGUUGCAAAAAGCCAUAUUGAAUUAAGUAUAAAGAGCUUUUUUCUUUUUUUUUUUUUUUUUUUGUUCUGUGUUGAUUUGUUUUGUGUGUCAUCCAAGACAAAUCUUGUGACUGUGACAGCCUCUUCUUAUGCGGGUCUAUCAUUACUUGGUAAAGUAUCUGAUGUAUUUCAUUGUCAAUGAAGUCUACAUAGGAAUAUUUUCAUCUCAUGCAGACAUGACUCUGAAACUGCAGUACGCAUUGAAGUUAGACUAAACUAGUUCCUAUGAAUUUAGCACAUUAAUUAGCAGACCUUAGUUUUUCAGGUUUUUAUUAGACUAUUGUAAUAGAAUAAAUUGUUUCCUCCCUUUUCUAAGUGGUGUUAUUCUCAUGUCUUUCAUCAGGCUACUAUGGAUUAAAAUAAGGUAGUCAUUUCUUAUUAAGGAAGGGAGUCUUUCUUACCUUCUUUAUAGAUUUAGUCCAGUAGCUUUCAUUCGGUUGGAUGGUAAAAAGACAAAAAAGUACUCGAUGACAUUUUCCUGGAAGCUGAGAAUUAUACCAGAGACAAUUUGUUUGGUUUUCUGGGACUUUCUCAAACAUUCAGAUAGGUUCAGGCUUGACACCAGACUUUGAUAGUUUAUUGUCACAAAGCAAUUUAAUGUAUCUACACAAAUAAAACUAGAUGUUUUAAACUAGAUGCCUUGAGGAAAACUUGUCUCAUUAGAAGAAGAUAAUCAUUCAGAGAGGAAAUUAUCCAGCAUGGAACUGAACUUUCUGAAAGCACCAAGUCUGUCUUUGAGUGAUGGAAAUGCAGUGUGGUUAAAAAUAUUCCCUAGAUUAGAGGCCUGGCUUACUAAGAAGGGUAAUGGCUUUGCCAAAAAUGUUUCACUUUGGUGAUGCCACAAAGGGGGGGGGGGAAGCAUGAUUAAGUCAUUAACUCCUGCUUCUACUUAAGUGUAGUUUGGAGUGGUUUACAUGAUUAUUAAGUCUGCCUAUGUUUUCAUUUAGUGACAGGGUGACUUUCAUGCACUUUGAGUAGGAUCUAACACCUGGCUUCCCAUUCUGAGAAAGCACAUUAUUCACCAGUUGGUCUGCAGCAAAACAAAUAUGGUUCUGAACAGUAAUCUUCUUUAAAGGUAUUCAGUGAGAUAGCUCACAUGUCCAGCAUAGCUCAUCACAGCUGAGGAAGCACAGUUUUUUGUUUAGGCAUUACAGAGUACAUUUAUUUUCUAUACUGAUCGAGGUCUGCAAUGUAGAUUUUCUUAGGUAGAAGCCAAGAGCAAAGAUGUAAUGGGUUACAUUUUUGUACUUAGGAGCUGGAGGCUGACCCAUAAACUUGACCGCCUGGAGUCUGUAGAGACAGCAUUGCCUCUCGGCUCCCCCUGCAGCUAGAGAAGAUGGCAUGUGCCACAUGAGCUGCCAAAGCCAUUUGUGUAGGGGGUAAGGCAAGAGGAGCUUCAGUGCUGCCCAUCCUUCCAUCACAGGGCUGGCAGAGUUGUGCGUUCGUACAUGGAAUUUAACAGAGGUAUUCUGCUGAGCCUGGGCAACCCACCGCUGGGAGAAUGAAUACGAAUGUAUGUGCAUCUGCCUCAGAUAAAGCCUGCUUACAUGGAAUCAGUACAUUGGCUCAAUACUCUUUGCUUUACUGCCUUUUUUUUUUUUACUAUUAUUAUUUUCUUUUUUAAAAUAUGGAUUCCCUCAUGUCUCAGUAACAGGUUUCUGAAACUGAACGAGCAAGGAUGAAGUCUGUUGAAAAGCAGAACUCCUACUGAUUCUGAUCCUCCAGAAUUUGUAUCUAUGGAGGACUAUAAUAGUUCAUUGUGUUGCUCCAGAAACUGUAUUGGUAAGGGAUUCUGCUGCACGCCCCCCACCAAGUACCACAGAAAUUAUAGCUAUGGAAUUAAAAAAAAAAAAAAACAAAAAGAAAACCAAAACCCACAAAAAACACCCACACCAAAAACA